AUGGUAUUACUGGAAUCUGUUGCAAAUGACUUUGAAACACGAAAACUUUUGGCUCUACCUCAAGAAGAAAUUGUGCAAAAGAAAUUUGCUGAUCGAGAUAUGAAGAAAACUAGAAAAAUUGUGAUUUUACUUAGUUUGUGUGUAGUGGUAAUGAUAACUCAGUUUUAUGUGAUAACACAUAGUGUUAAAAUUGAAGCCGCAAAUCACUACAGCAAAGACGAAACCGAGUUAGCAGAAUUAUAUGUAAUAACACCAACAUUUAAGAAACCUGAGCAAAUACCAGAACUAGUGCGUUUAUCACAAACUUUGUUGCUGAUUCCCAAAUUGACUUGGUUAGUGGUAGAAGACGGGUAUGAAAAGAAUGAUCGUGUUGAAGCUGUUUUAAAAAGAAAAAUUGGAUUAAAUUAUAGAUACUUACUAGCACCCAUGCCUGAAAAAUAUAGAAACAGUUCCUACGCAAAACCCAAAGGAGUUUCCAAUAGAAAUAAAGGUCUGGAAUGGAUAAGAAAAUAUGCUCAAAAUGGCGUGUUAUAUUUUGCCGACGACGAUAAUACAUACGAUGUAGAACUAUUUCACGAAAUUAGAAAAACCAAAACAGUAUCCUUAUUUCCUGUAGGUUUAGUCACAGAAUUAGGAUUAAGUAGUCCUAUUGUAGAAAACUGCAAAUUUAUAGAUUUCUAUGAUGGAUGGAUCGGUGGUAGGAAGUUUCCGGUAGAUAUGGCAGGUUUUGCUGUUUCGGUCGAGUUUCUUUUAUCACGUCCUAAUGCUAAGAUGCCCUACACAGCGGGUUAUGAAGAAGAUGGAUUUUUGAGGAGCCUUGCGCCGUUUGAAGCUAAGGAUGCUCAGAUGCUAGCUUCUUGUUGUUCAGAGAUAUUAGUUUGGCAUACAAGAACUGUGCACACAUCACCAGCGAAACGAAAUAAUUUGACAUAUGUAUAUAAAAAUAGCAAUCUUCCGACAUUACAAGAACUCAUUGUGUAA